AUAGGAGGCUUCUAUGAAAGCGUGGCUGUGAGCCCAUGGAAGUUGUAGCUUUACAAGGCCUUUUCUUUGCUGGUUCCUCACCCAACUACGACUCCCAGGAGUUAGCUUUGAGCCAUGGCGGUUAAAGUAGUGCCAAACUGCGUUAAUUCGCCAGUGUAGAGCAAACUUGGGCCUUCCAGGUGUUUUGGACUCCAACUCCAAGCUUAAGCGUCUGAGGGGGAAAAGGAAGGAGCCUGAGGCGGUUAGGAAUUGUGGGAGUUGGAGUCCAAAACACCUGGAGGGCCCACGUUUGCCCAUGCCUGGUGUAGAGGCACCGAAGGCUGACUCCGCAGUGGGCGGAUUUCUCAUUCAGCAGAAGAGAUAAUCUUUAGUAAUGCAAUCACAGGCUUACAUUAAUCCAACAUGUGUUCACCUUGACUGUGUGCAGUUGGUAUUCCUCUAAAUUAAGGUUGACUUCAGCCAGGGAAGGUUGCUGCAAGCGUGUUCCUUCGAAAUUAUGUCAGCCAAGAAUAUGAGUGACCCAAUGGCUUUGAAGGAAAGAGAUCCUGCUGACAACUGGACUGCAGAUGAUAUUUCCAGUAGAAGUUCUGACCUUUUGAAAUCGAAGCAGGUGCCUUUUUGUGCUGAGAUGACUGUGGGACUGGUAGAUUCGGACUCUGUUUCCAACCAUGGCAGUUUGAGGAAAAGAAAAAACUCUCAUUCUGUAACAAAUGGGCUUGGGAAUGGUGUACAAAAUCCUGUAGAUCAGGACAAGGUUUUCAGGGCCAAUCAUACUAAAAGGCAAGGAGAAGAAGACAAAGAAGUGGCUUGCCAGUAUUCAGGAACCAACACCCAUUUGUUUCCCCUUUCUGGGACAAUAUUAAGCCCUAAGAAGCGGAAGCUGAUUCUACACAUUGAUUUGAAUAACACCGUCCUCGUCUCAGAUGCUGUCACCGGUCAGGAUCCCAGAGCUGCUUUAAACUGUUACCUGACUACUGUGACCUGGGGAAAAGUUGGCCCUUCAGGUAAAUGGCAGUGGCUCAGCGAGUCCCCUUCCCUGCUUUCCCCCUGCCCGGAUGCUGUAAGCUUUUACUCUCAGUAUGGCCGAAACACCAAAUUCACAGACACGACCAAAGGGCAGCGUUUUCGAGACCUUCAACAGCACCACUUGAAGCUGCUGGAAUGGCAGGGCCCGGCUCACCCGCUGCUCUCCAUCCAAGGUGAGCAGGGCAAGCACUACCACCUGGUGCUGCCUUCCUUCUUCUGCCUUCUGGAGAGUCUGCACCGGGAAGGGAGGCACUUUGCUGUAAUCUUCCGCACCUUUGGCACAGAUCUGCCCCGUGUCCUGCGGGCAGUGAACUGCGCCCUGGAGGGGCAGCACCCCCUCUUCCCUUCUCUGCAGGAGAUUUCGUUGCCUGUAGACCUCAGUCCUGGCAUGAUACGUUGCAACAAGAGGAAGGUGGUGUUGACCCAUAGAACAGAGCGGCUCUCCACUGAAGACGGCGGCAGGAAAAUGUAUGCCUAUUUCAGCUCCAGGGAAGGUCUCUGUGGCUUCCAGGAUCACUUUGAUUGGUGGGCCAAGAAUCAAUUCUCUAGCCAGGGUGGAAAGCCCCUUUUGAUCGAUCCUCAUGAUGCAAAUGUCCAUCACAUCUUUAUUGAUGACAACAUUCGACUGGAUGAUUCUGACACCAUUGUUCAUCAGCAGGUGUUUUCCAGGAAAGAAAGCUGCAAUCUGCAGACUGUCCCCACUUCGGAGCUCUAUAAUGUUUGUCUGGUUCAAACAGAUCUCCUGGAGGCCAUUGCCAACAAGAACUAUUUCUGCCGCUGCAUCAGACGGUGUGAAGAGAACUAUGAGAACUACGUAGCCAGGGCUGAGGGUUGCAUCUAGGCUCUUUUCAAAGGAAUCUUCAUAACCCUCUGAUUUUCUCAUGCUUCGUAAGGGGUUUGUACAACAGGAGGAGAGUUGGCUCUUUUGUGCUUUGUAGGUGAUGGGAUUCCCCACUGGACUAUCCUCUGUUGUCUUUGCUUUAAACUCUCAAUUAGCACCCUGUCCAGAAGAUUCCGGGUACUUCUUUUAAACCACAGUUGGUCCCAGACGGUGCAGUGCACCAUAUGCUCUGGUGCUGUGUUAACUAGUUCUUUUUGUUGUUGUUGUAUGCCUUCAGGUCAUUUCUGACUUAUGUCAUGGCAUUUUCUUGGCAAGAUUUGGUCAGACAGGAUUUUUCAUGACCUUCCUCUGAAGGUGCGAGAGUCUGACUUGCCCAAAGUGAGUUUUCACAAGAAUUUAAUCCUUUGUCUCCACAAUCUAGUGUCCAAACCACUGUACUGUAUUGCAUUAGCCCUCUUCUUUUACUGAAUAUUUAUUCAGAGCUGGAGAGCAGCCCACAAAGACACCCUUGUAGUAGAAAUUGCCAAUCUUUGCUUUGAAGAGCUCGGAGCUAGCUACCCCACAGGGUUCACAGAAAGCUAUUGCUGUAUUAGACAGCCCAUCGUUCUUAGCUUUGAAAUGGGCUUGAACUGCUAGGGUUUGUUUUCUGGUCAUGAUAACCGCCAUUGGCCCCAAAAAUACUGCUGAAGGAUGCCCAUUUGCUGGGGAAACAUUGUCAGAGACACUUCAGAAAUCAUGGCCCGUCUUUGGUGCACUUAAGCAGGGCUGAAUAAUGGUCAAAGUCUCAUGAACUGAUCCAUUGUAGGGAACUGUCCUUCUUUUCUAGCUUUGUGCUGGUGUUCAAUGCUAUCUUGUUGUCCUCUGGCUUCCAAAAGAUCAGGACAGAUACUUGCCAACUUGUGUACAUAAAGGACUCCACUCCCUUAUGCCACAAAAAAGGGUUGUGUGGCUUGGUAGUGCAUCCUUCCCUUUCUACAUUGUCUCCUUCCUACUACAUGUUGCAUUAUAAUCAGGCUGGUUGGGGAUGGUGAGCCUUUUUAGUAAUUGCACAUUUCUCAACCACCCUCAUCUUUGCUGUUCAAAAGAAAGCAUUUAGUUAUGUUCAAACAUCUCCCCCCCCCCCCCCCCGCCCCUUGAAGUACAUUAGUACCAGAUCAGAGCCUGCUGUUGCUUGUUGUGGAGAGCACUUUUACUCCCGGGUCCCUCCCACCCAGCAUGUGGUCCCUUCCACCAUUGUGGCCGGCUGUAAGGGAGCCAGGGCUUUAGUUUGCUGCUUGAGAGAAUUGCUUCGCCUUCCUCAAGCAGCAGGAGGCUGAGCCUGAGUCUUGUGCCAGAGAGGAGCAGAAACCAGAACAUAGGUCAGUGUCUGCGAGGCAUUGUUCCUCAUCACUUCCCAGCAUUUUGAAGGUUGUGCUAUCUUUUCCCUUGGGGAACUGCUGGCAAAAGGUGAACAAAGUGGGAAGGAGGACAGUGAACUUCAAUGUAAUUCUAAAAUAACACAUGCUGUGGUGCAUAGAAUAUUAAAGUCACGUUUGCACCAGAGAUGAUGCUUUAUUGCUUCACAUCCAGCAGCAGUAUAGUAAAAUAAAUCUAUGUCUUUGAAUGGGUUAGUCUAUAUGAUCAGUGCAAACAUUAUGUAAACAUUUACUGUUUAAUUGCAUAACUUGCCUUGCUAUUUUAGUUAGGAAGAUAAUGGGGCUUUAGAAAAAACAAUAUAUCGGGUUUUAGAUAUGCAACCAAAGCAUUGGGUAGGAAUCAUGUGAUCUUCAGAUAUCAUUAGACCACAAGCACAAGCAUUUUUCAGCCAUUUAUCUUGUCUAGGACUGUUGGAAGUCACAGUUCAGCAACAGCUAGAGGCACAUACAAUGCUCCCUUCUAAAAUUAAGGUAAACCUGCAAGCAUUAGAUGUCUCCCCAUCUUGCAUUUACUUCUUGAAGCAGUAUUGAUUACGGAAGUUCAAGGAAGAGAGGUUGAUCUAUGGCCGAUAUAACAGCAGAGAGGAGCCUCUGUUCAAAGAAGCUAAUUGUUACAGAAAUCUUCUUGCUUAUAGCAUCACACCAAUCUAUUUUGUAACAGCACAGUGUUUGAGCACCAAGUUGGCUGGAUAGUAAUGCUGCCCUAUGACCUCUGCUAUCAAGGAGAAUUCUGAAGUAAAGGAAUCCAUUGAGAGAAUUCCCAUAGCCAUAUGUAGGCUACAUAGUUUAAAAAUAUGACCAGUUACGUUCAUCAUUUUGCCCCAAGAUAUUUUUCUGCCUGCAGCAAAGUGCGCGCUUGCACACACACAUCCAAGUCAAAGUUCAUAAUGCCCCACAUCACUAGAAGAGACCUCAAGGGACAUCCAGUCCAAUCCUAUUCUGCCAUUCAGGAACACAUAAAAUACUCCCAACAGAUAACCAUCCAGCCUCUUCUUUAAAAUCUCCAAAGGAUGAGACUUACCGCACUUUCAGGCAACAUAGUCCACUGCAAAACAGCUCUUACUAUCAAUAAGUUCUUUCUAAUGUUUAGCUGGGAUCUCUUUUUCUGCAGUUUGAAUCCUUUGCUCAGCAUCCUAGUUUCCAGAGCAGCAGAAAACAAGCUUGCCCCCUCCUCAAUGUGACACCCUUUCAGAUAUUUAAACAUGGCCAUCGUUCCCUUAGCCCUUUCCCCCCUCCCAGUUAAACAUACCCAGCUCCCUCUGCUGCUACUCAUUGUUAAAAACCCCCGCAAGGGCAUUUCCCUCUCUCUGAAAGUAAAAUAAAUUGCCACAUGAAAAGCUAGCCAUUUGCUGAUCUUACAUGUUUGGCUGCUUGAGAUGCUACCUUUCUAGCGGUUGGGCCAUCCCAUUGUGAUAUCCAAUUGAAAAGGGUGCUGGGUGCUCUUUGAUUUUGCUCUGCUAGAUCCCUGCCCACAGUCUCUUGCCUGCAGCCAAAACCUGCCCUGAUUUGCACAGAUGUGGUUAUGUGAACUGAGAAGAUAACAUUUUCUAGAAUGAGAGUCCAUAAUUGUCAGCCACUUUGGGUCUCAUGUGGGAGAAAAGUGGAAUAUUAAAUAAGUAGAUAAAUAUGUGCCACGAGAUGGAGAUUGUUACAGAGCAAUUUUGAACAUUCAGAAAGUGUUUUACUAAUGGUGUUUAAAGAUGUUUCACUGUUUCUAAACCAAAUGUCUCACUGUAUUAAUGAAUUGCACCAAAUGCCAUGUGAUUAAUUCUGUAAAUGGUCUACAUAGCAAGCGCAGGAAACUAAAAAGAUAUUUCUUUUUAUUUAUUUAAUGCACUGACAUCCCUGCUGAUCUACCAAGGUGUCCAGCGCCGUUUGUAGAGUUGAUAUGCAAAAAAAUUACACGUGCACUAAAUAUUUUUUUUUUGUUGAAGCUAUUGGGAAGCCUGGUUGGGAACUGUUGGGACAUAUUUCCUGGCCCUCUCCUGUUUGGGAAAUAAGGGAGGCUAACUUUACCGAAGUGAUUUUCAAAAGCAAGCAACUUCCAGUCACUUCUUUCGCUCUGGGAGAGGAAGCGAAAGAAGAUGGGUCUUGUAAAUGCCACUUUUGAGGAGGCAACUGUCCUCCCACUUCCGUCUCCUUUCUGCCAGUCAUUUGAAAGCAAGGACUGGUCCUUCCACCUAUUUUUCAUUGUGACAAGUGAAUGGCAGUUCUCUCCCUGAAGCUUCUCUUCGUUGAUUAUGAAUUCAGUUGCUAUCGAGACUCAAGGAUUAAGGCAACCAGAAGCUCCCAUUUUGCAACCUGCUGUGCAAAACACCUGUACAGAGCUGGCAUUCUGCAAGAUUUGUACUGCUGCCUGCUCUACAGUGCCCCCUGGCAUGCAGACCUAGCAGGCUCUGUGUGAAGGUACUCUCUUCAUUGUCUUCCAUUCAAGGUUAAUUAAUCUGGACUAAAUGCCACUCUCCUGCUUCUAUGGUCUGAGGAGUUAUGCACGAAACAAGACUGGUUGUAUUCCUUCUCACACUUAAACCAUCUUUUCAUUAUCAGUCGGCACAGCAAGAUUUGACUCCCCCUCUCCCUUUGAAUGUAACCUUGGUAAUGGGGAUUUAAAAUGCUCUCGGUGAUUUGAAUAGAGAAAUGAAUUGUGGCCAUUAUUCUAGAUGAGGGUUAUCUGUCUCUGUUUGAUCUGGGAGUGAAAUGCAAUGGCAUAUUUUAUUAAUUGCUCUCUUAAGUGUAAGAAUGCUAUAAAAGUGUGUGGUGAAACGGGAAGGAGCCUCUUUUGUUGCUGUAUUGAUUACAGCCACAAAGGACUGGACAAAAUGCAUUCAGCACUAACUGUGAGGUACUGUAAUUGUAAAUUGAUGCACUUAUUCCUCAGAGUAGGGCUGCAUGGUUAUGCUUUAUUUUUUUGAAAGUGAAUAUUUCAAGCAGGCACUUGAACUUACUUGAAUUGACUGUAGGUUAUUUGGACAUGGUUGAUGUGGUGUGAGUGCAUUAUCAUUAGUCUCUAUUAGUUUUUUACAUUGUUAGCACCUUCUUUGUGGCAUUCAUUGUCUCCAUUUUUGGUCAGUAAAGGGAACUGGAAUAAAAGUGUAAUAAUAAAAGUCAUUUCAAGAUGUA